UAUAUGGACUAAUAUGGUAAUUAUGAUUAAAACAUAUUGAUCUUGAUAAAGCAUGUCUACCCACUUCACACGUUACAUAAACAAACAAGUGUCAUUCUCAUCCUUUCACCCUCUCUUUCCAUAUAUUUCUCUUGAAGUGGCAUUCUCAUCUUCCAAGCCCCCCCUUACACCCCUCUCUCAAAAUAGUGAGAAAAAAAGAAGAAGAGAGAAAUGGCAUUGUUCUUAAGAAGAACAACAAACAUUAUCAAACACUUUUUGGUUACAAAAUCUAGUUUAGCUACUAAUCAAACUAGUUUAACUCCUAGUUUCUUUAGUGUUUCUCAUAAUGUUUGUAGUAAAUCCUAUGGCUUAGCCCCUAUUCCGGCUGUUUUCCGGCGUAUGGAGUCUACUAAAGCUGCUGAAUUGAAGCUUGAUCCUCAGUUCUACUCUUCCGAGGAGGAGGAGGAUGAUCGUGAGUAUCCUUCUUCUGAACCCGAGGGUAUGGAUUUUCCAGGAGGGAAGGUCAUGUUUACAUCACAAAUGAGUUUCAUUGCCGAGCCUGGGAAGACAAGAGUCCCUUGUUAUCGUGUUCUUCAAGAUACUGGCGUCCCAACUUCAGGCGAAAUUCAUAAACUCGUGAGCGAAGACCUAGCAACGAGAAUGUAUAAUAGCAUGGUCACACUUCAAGUUAUGGACACUUUUCUCUAUGAAGCACAAAGACAAGGAAGAAUUUCAUUUUACAUGACUUCCCAUGGGGAGGAAGCGGUUAAUAUUGCAUCUGCAGCCGCCCUCUCUUCAGAGGACAUUAUUCUUGCUCAGUAUAGGGAGCCGGGGGUGCUACUAUGGCGCGGUUAUACCUUACAAGAAUUUACAAAUCAGUGUUUCGGAAAUAAGGCUGAUCGUGGGAAAGGUCGACAAAUGCCAAGUCAUUAUGGGUCUAUUAAGCAUAAUUACUUCACUAUAUCAUCUCCAAUUGCUACACAGCUUCCUCAAGCAGCAGGAGCUGCUUAUUCUCUUAAAAUGGAUAACAAGGAUGCCUGUGUUGUAGCCUACAUGGGAGAUGGUUGCACUAGUGAGGGAGAUUUUCAUGCUGGUAUGAAUUUCGCGGCAGUCAUGGAAGUACCCAUUGUUUUCAUCUGUCGUAACAAUGGAUAUGCAAUUAGUACUCCUAUUACAGACCAAUUUCGAAGUGAUGGUGUUGUUGUCAAGGGACAAGCUUAUGGAAUACGUAGCAUUCGUGUUGAUGGAAAUGACGCUCUUGCUGUCUAUAAUGUGGUUCAAACUGCUCGUCAAAUGGCGAUUUCUGAACAAAGACCUAUUCUGGUUGAGGCUCUAACAUAUCGAGUAGGACACCACUCUACUUCCGAUGAUUCCACCAAGUAUAGACCAGCUAGUGAAAUCGAACACUGGAAAAUAGCGAAGAGUCCUAUCACGAAAUUUAGGACGUGGAUUGAGAGAAAUGGCUGGUGGAACGAAGAAGACGAAUUGGAAAUUCGAAAGAGGAUUAAGAAAGAGAUGCUUCAAGCAAUUCAAGUGGCAGAAAGGUUGGAAAAACCAGCAGUUGCAGAAUUGUUUACAGAUGUAUAUGAUCAACCAACAAAAGACUUGGUUGAGCAAGAAAUGUUGCUUAGGGAAUCCAUUAUUAAGCACCCUAAAGAUUAUCCAACUGAUUAUGCAGUGUAAAUUUAUUUGUAUAUUCUUGUCAUGGUGUAAUUGUCUUAUCUUAGAAAAGCUUUUGAUGAGACUUGGUUACUAUGUAUAGUGUAUAUUACUUAAUUUGUCAUUUAGGAUUUGUUCUGUUCGCCUUA